AUUCAAAAAACAUGCGUAAAUCGGUGAAAGGAUGUUUCACCGUGAUUACGUUUUUGUGUGCCGCCAUUUUGAUAACUGCUGGAGUAGUAAUGAUGAAUAAUCAAACGUUGUCGAAUUAUUUACUCAAAAGAAUACGUUCGGAAAAAAAAUUAAUAGACAAUACAAAGGGUUACAGUAUUUGGUCGGCGCCUUUGGAUCUUAAAAUAAAUAUAUACUUGUUCCAUGUUGAUAAUCCGAAUGAUGUAUUAACUGGAGAAUUACCGAAGCUUAUAGAACGUGGUCCUUACGUUUACGAUAUAAUCCUUGAAAAAGAUAUAUUGAGCGUAAACGAUAUACGAGACGAAAUAACUUACAAUACCAAAAAAACAUAUUACUUUAACGAAGAGGAAAGUGGUGAAUUUUUGGAGGACGAUGAAAUUGUUCUUUUAAAUAUGGCCUAUCUCGGUACGAUAAACACGCUAGCAGGUUUUUCGUUAAACAUGCUUCAACAAUAUGGCGAUUAUAUAGGGAUGUUAUUCCCCGAAGAAAAUCAGUUAUUUGUCACAGCAAAAGUUAAAGAUAUAUUGUUCAGCGGUGUAUCUUUCGUAUGCGAUAUUAAUAAACAUAAAAAAAUGAAAUUAAUCUGUAUGACGUUAAAAGGAAGAAAACCACCGAUUUUAUGGAACACUGAAAUCGAGAACAAAUACAUGUACAGCCUUUUUGGAACGAUGAAUGGAACUUGGGUUGGUCCAAUCACCAUUAACAGAGGUAUGCAAGAUGAAACAAAAUUAGGCAGCAUAACUUCCGUAUACAACAAACGAAAAAAUAAAUAUUGGACAACCGAAGAAUGCAAUACUAUUAAAGGAACCGAUGGUGUGAUCUUUCCUUUUUACAACGAGCCACCAUCACGUAUCUACAUUUACAGUGUCGAAACCUGUCGAGCUUCGUUUAUAGAGUUCAAGGGAGUUGAAAAGAUUAAUCAAUUGGAAGCAUGGCGAUACGUUUACACAAGCGAAAAUUGGAGUUAUAAUGAAAGCGAUUGUUAUUGUCCGAUUGCCAAGCACGAAAAAGCAUGUCUUCCUAUGGGUCUCAUGGACGUUAACAAAUGCAUGAAAGUGCCUACGUUAUUAUCCGAGCCUCAUUUUCUUCACGCCGAUCCGAAAAUUUUAAACUACGUGCCGGAUUUGAAUCCCCAAGAGGAAAUUCAUUCGAGUUCUAUAUUGAUCGACACGCUUACUGGUAAACCUGUUUAUGGUUAUAAAAAAAUGCAAAUUAAUAUGAAGAUAUCACCGCAACCGAUCGAAUUGCUCGCCAACGUCACCGAGGGUUACUUUCCGAUUAUUUGGAUAAGCGAGGGUACAACCGAGGAUAAGAAGAAUUUCGAUUUAAUGUUCAUGAUUUAUAGAAUUAGAAGUGUUAUAUUGAUUUUGCAAUGGCUCCCAUUAGUUAUUGGCAUAUGUCUACUUCUUUUGAUUUUAUUAUGCUAUAAAUUACCGAUACCAAGAAGGAAAAUACGAUCGAUCGAUCCGAUGAAAAAAAUUAAUCCGACUUUGGUACUCUAGGAUACACACGAACAAUAUUUAACUUCUAGAACACACGUACGUUCUAAAUAAAUAUUCGAAUAACAUUCGAGGAUAUAUAUAGAGAAAAAGAAAGAAAUUAAUCGACAGACUUUGGAAU